CUUUGUCCCUCUUCACGGACACUACCUGCAACCGGAAGCUGGCCCGACCAGCGCCGCCGCCUUUGUCAGUUUCCGAGCAUCCCUUGAAGUGCUCUCGGCGUCCAGACGUCGCGUCGUUCGGUCUCUCGGCGGUGCCCCCACCCCACCCCCGUCACGGUUUUCGUCUUCCCUUCCCACCUGGAAGAUGUUUCCGUUUAGCCUCGGGGUUCCCCUGGCUGGGUCGCUUUGUCAGAUGGCUUCCACACGUGUUUAGAUUUUUGGAACACCACCCACACCCCCUUCGUCCCAUCCCAACCGGAGCUCCAUGUACCCCUUCUUUUGUCAAUAUGUCCCCAGCAUCGGCCGCGGCGGCCAGUGAAAGCAGCACCUGCACCGUUGCCCCCGAAGAGGAGCCGGAGCCGGAGCCGGGGCCGGGAUUGGGGCCGGGGCCGGGGCCGGACAGCCCCAGAUUUGAGCUGCGGCCUCAGAAACAGUCCCUGCUGAAGUCCUUGUGUCAGGAGACACACUGGAAAUGCCUGCUGCUCUCCCUGCUCAUGUACGGCUGCGUGGGUACCAUGACCUGGUGCCAGGUGACCACCAUCACACGCCUCUCCUUCGACAGCGCCUACAAGGGCAAAUCAAUGAUGUACCACGACAGUCCCUGUUCCAAUGGGUACAUCUACAUCCCCCUUGCUUUCUUGGUCAUGCUCUACGUGGUCUACCUGGUGGAGUGCUGGCACUGCUACAUCAGGAACGAGAUGCAGUUCAAAGUGGAUGUGGGAAAUGUGGCCGAUCGUGUCCAGAGGAUGAAGCAGGCCACGCCGUGCAUCUGGUGGAAGGCCAUCAGCUACCACUACGUAAGGAGGACACGGCAGGUGACGCGCUACCGUAAUGGAGACGCAUACACCACCACCCAGGUCUACCACGAGAGGGUCAACACGCACGUGGCCGAAGCAGAGUUUGACUACGGGAACUGCGGGGUGAAGGACAUCUCAAAGCACCUGCAGGGCCUGGAGUGCUUCGCAAUUACUAAGCUGAGGUUCACCAAGUGCUUCAGCUUUGCAAACGUGGAAUCGGAAAACUCUUACCUGACGCAGCGAGCAAUGUUUUUCACAGAGAACGAGGGCCUGGAUGACUACAUGGAGGCCCGUGAGGGCAUGCACCUUAAGAAUGUAGACUUUAAGGAAUAUAUGAUUGCCUUCUCUAACCCACAUCAACUUCCCUGGUACGCAUCACAUUCCACUUUCUGGACAGCGGCUGCUUUGACUCUCUCCUGGCCUUUACGGGUGCUGACUGAGUAUCGAACCGCCUGUGUCCACUACCACGUGGAGAAGCUCUUCGGCUUCGACUAUGUGCCGGUGACUCCUUCCGAGGAGCAUCCUUGUUGCAGGCACAUCCCACGUGUUAACACGAUCGACAGCACGGAGCUGGAGUGGCACAUCCGCUCCAACCAGCAACUGGUGCCUAGCUACUCCGAGGCAGUUCUAAUGGACCUGGCUCAACUCUCGGGCAGGUGCCAGAACUACUCUGUUUGUCAACGCUACGGCAGCUACAGGCAGAACUGCCAGCGGUGCCACCGCGCCAUCAGCAGCUCCUCCAUCUUCUCUCGCAGCGCGCUGAGCAUCUGCAACACGGCGAGCCCGCGCCUGCCCUUCAGCGCCAGUCGCUUCUCGCUGGGCCGGCUUUAUGGCUCCAGGCGGAGCUGCCCGUGGAGGAGCAGCGGGAGUCUGAACGAGCCCCCUACCCACCUCACGGAAAGCACACGCUGCCUUUCGGGCCAGCACAGCAGUGAGGAGAGCCCUCCAGCAUACCAGGAUGCGUUCUACUUUCCCGUGCUUAUCGUACACAACAACGAAGGCUGCCUCAAUCAUGACCAUCGCUCCCUACACAGAAACGGCUCCUGCGUGGAGACGUCGCUAUAACCCUCCAACAGGAUUAUGCUGAAAUAUACAAUGCAAGGGAACCUGAUAUGACGUUAUUGUUGGUUCAGAUACUGUGGUUUAAGAAGCCAUUUUGUCAGGUAACGGCAUCUACUGAACUGUAAAGACAAUAAUCAAAUAACUAAGAUGCACUUAACAGUUGUGAUAUUUAUCAAAUGAAUAGCACUUAAGUCGAAAAUAUAAAUAAAUAUAUAUAUAUAUAUAUAUAUAUAUAUAUAUAUAUAUAUAUAUACACACACACACACACACACACACACACACACACACACACACAUCCAUCCAUCCAUUUUCUACCGCUUAUCCGGGUCGGGUCGUGGGGGCAGUAGCUUUAGCAGGGACGCCCAGACUUCCCUCUCCCCAGCCACUUCAUCCAGCUCUUCCGGAGGGAUCCCGAGGCGUUCCCAGGCCAGCCGAAGGACGUAGUCUCUCCAGCGUGUCCUGGGUCGUCCCCGGGGGUCUCCUCCCGGUGGGACGUGCCCGGAACACCUCACCAGGGAGGCGCU